GUAGGGAGAGAGAGAGAAGUACUGUCAUCAUAGAGAGAGGAACUGACAAUAUGAGAGAGGUAUAUAGGGAGAGAGAGAGAAGUACUGUCAUCAUAGAGAGAGGAACUGACAAUAUGAGAGAGGUAGGGAGAGAGAGAGAAGUACUGUCAUCAUAGAGAGAGGAACUGACAAUAUGAGAGAGGUAGGGAGAGAGAGAGAAGUACUGUCAUCAUAGAGAGAGGAACUGACAAUAUGAGAG